CCGUCUUCGAUCGUUCAUUGCUUGCUACGUUCUUGUCUGGCCACUUGCUAAGAUUGGAGAUUACUUGCUCCUCAAUCUCCUGUGGCCCCUUUUCUAUUCAACAGGGACUUGCCGCUUGCUCGGGGUCCUGUGAGAACGGCGUCUGUCCAACAUGUCUCUCUUCCGCAACUGCAGGGCUGCCACGGCGCAAGUCCGUAGCUUCUCCUCUUCCACCUGCCGUCGAGUCGGACCAGAGUCUCCAAAUUUCGUCGACGUCCCUCAAACCAUUCAGCCCGAUCUACGAGUGAAACCCCGAGUUAAGGGUACGCUGCCAGUCCCUCGAGAGCUCUUCCCUGCCCGCCGAGUAGACAAGCCGACCGAAGAAUACAUUGCUGCUGCGACACCACUUCCGUCGAAGGAUAUCAAAAUCGACCCCAAUGACCCACACGCUGAGUAUAAGGAUUGGAAGCGGCGAAUGGCCGACAUGAGGCGGCAGAAUCUUCGGGAAGGUCUCCUCGAAUUGCACAGCCGCAAGCAGCGGACGGACAAGUUCAUGGCGUACCGCAGCAUUCAGAGACAGAAAAAACGCGAACAAGUUCUUCGGCAGCCGGAAAGAGACGAUGAACGCUUGACUCGUCCCUCUGUUGUCCAAGAGAUGUUGCCUAAACGUACCCCGGUGCUGCCCGAUCCCGACAGAGAAGAGCGCCUUGCUCAAGCUCGCGCAAAGUUGGAGAGCAAGAAGGCUCGGGAUGAGUUAGAACGGCAGGACUCAUUACAAGCGCUUUACGUGAAUGCUCGUACCUUUAUCACCACCGAGGCUCAGCUUGCCGCCGAGAUCGAGAAGGUGUUCCCCGAGGGUGAGAACGAGGCGUGGCGCAGUGACCACCAGCAGGGUGAGAAUAUUUGGAACCUUGGCGUGCCUCCGACAGUGCAAAACAUUGUCAACGAAUCGAAGAAGAGCGAAGCAGCUCGCUGGGAUCUUAUCCAGGGCAGAGUCAAGAAACUGGGAGAGCAGAUUACUGGAGGCAAGAUAUAAUGCGGCUGUUUAUGAGUUAUUGUACAGUAUGGGUUUCUCAAAGAAUCACAGCAGCUUUUGUUUGUAUUAUUAUCACCUCAUUUCAAUGUCUGGAUCAAUGUCUAUAUCGUGUGUUUCUCUCACACCCGACAGCGGCGUGCCGUUGCCCCCCUUAAUCCGAUGUACUGUGAUAACGAGGAUUCGGACAAUUGGGUGUCUCACUCAGUGCGGAGGGGUCACUGUGUUUGUCCCUUCAGUUGAAGGCUUUGACUCACCAGACUCUCACCCCGUCAGGGUCGAGAGCUAGAGCUUUAAACCUGCAGCACAGGACAAUGCUAAUCUAGAGUUUGAGUACCUACCAUUGCUUCUCGCAUACUUCAAGAGGCAGAAAAU